AUGGGCGGAGAUCUCGCAGAAUAUCCGGCCAAGCCUGCAGCACAUAGAUACCGCAGAUGUCCUGCUAUGGCAAGUCGGCAGCACAUCAAACCCCAGAUGACUGAUGGAAGCUUCUUCGUUGAAGAUCUUUGUCGCCUGUCGCACGUCUGUGUACCAUGGAAGUCUACGCAAGAUGCGGCGACGCGCGUGGUAUACAAGAAGUGCCGAAAUGUGUCAGCCAUACCUUCGUAUGCUGACAGAACGUCAAGGCAGGAGAUCGCCGAGGACAUCGACUUCAAUGCCGCUGAAGGCACUCGUGGCGUUUUAGCAGCAUGGAGCACUGGGAAAGCUGCACGGUCAGCGUGUGUCGAUGAGCCUCAACGAUUUUCACGACUUCCUGACGGCACGCAGUUUCUCCAGUAUGCUUCGGAGAAGCUGCACAUAUACUUUGCAGCUCCAAUUAUCCAGAUAAUGAACAUCAUUCAGAGGGCUUCCGCGUUAGGCCUGGAGGCGCUGGUGGCUGACGGCGUUCACGAUCUGCAGCCUGACGCCACCAGCAAACUGGGGCAGGUUUACACGAUUCAUGGAGUCCUGUGUAACGGCGUGGAUGUGCCGCCAUUGUUCGCCAUUACUAAGUGGAAAACGGAGGCCACCUACCGUCAGGUGUUCGGUGCGAUGAAGGACGUGAUGGCGGCAACGGCACCGGCGCAGCUACAAGGUUUGCGCGUCAUACUGGACUCCGAGAGGGCUAUCAACGCAGCCCGGGUGUCCCCGGGCGCAUCUGUUGAAGGUUGCACAUCCAUAUGGCACAGGCAUGGAGCAGGGAUGCGCUCGGGUUGCGCCAGUAUGUACGCGAGGACCGAUGCAGGAGAAUAA